AUGCAGCAGGAGCGUGGGGAGCAGAGGCCGGGCCCCCCCGAGGCCGAGGUCAAGGCUGUGGUCGUGGGGGACGGGGGCUGCGGGAAGACGUCUCUGCUGGUGGCCUUCGCCAGGGGGGACUUCCCCAAGGUCUACGUCCCCACCGUGUUCGAGAAGUACACAGCCUCCUUCCAUGUUGGUGGCAAGCCCGUGAAGAUCCACCUCUGGGACACGGCAGGACAGGAAGACUACGACAGGCUUCGCCCGCUGUCCUACUCGGACGCCAACGUUGUCCUCAUCUGCUUUGACGUCACCAACCCCAACAGCUACGACAACAUCCUAACGAAGUGGUACCCGGAGGUGAACCACUUCUGCAGGGGCGUCCCGGUGCUGCUGGUGGGCUGCAAGACCGACCUGCGGCGGGACCGGGAGGUGCUGCGCAAGCUGCAGGAGGGACGCCUGGAGCCCAUCUCCUACCAGCAGGGAGAGGCCAUGGCCCGACAGGUCCACGCCGUGUCCUACUUGGAAUGCUCGGCCAGGUACCAGGAGAACGUCGGGGACAUCUUCGCGGAGGCCUGCGGUGCCGCCUUCAGCGCCGCUCGCCGCAGCCAGCGCAGGAGGCGACGCAGGAGGGGCUGCGUGCUCUGCUGA